AUGUCUCCUCUGCAGCAAAAAGCCACAUCAGGUUCUAUGGAGGAGAAGGGCCGUGUCUUCAGGCUGCUGGAGAGUGGGGCCGUUGGGGACAAGGGGCUGCGGGAUUUGUCUCUCCCGGAUUCUCUUUUCUCUCGUAUAGCUGAUAUUAACAUCACCCACUUGCUGCAAGUCCUUCAAGAGCGCCAUGAAGGUACUGUACCCAAUGGGGGUGCGGGGGCCCCUGGGGGCCCCCUGCAGGCGGAGGGGCCCCCUGGGGGGGGCCCCCUGCAGGGGGAGGGGGCCCCCGUAGGGGGCCCCCAAAAGGCGGAGGGGGCCCCUGGGGGCCCCCCGCAGACACCUGAAGAGCGGUCUGAGCGCAUGCAGCAGGAACACCAGGAGAAGCUGCGUGCUGCUGCGAUGAGAGCUGUUGAGGAGAUAGAGAGGGGGGGGGGAUAG